AUGUCUGCAAUGUUCGGUAUGCCCGGUGUUGGGGCCCCUGGCGCUUCUGCCAUCCCACAGCCUCCAAAAUCCAGAUUCCAAAAGUUCAUGGAGUCGCCACUAUACACCAUUGUCGUCAAUGGCACCCUCUUUGUCGCUGGCGUAGCCUUCAUCCAGUCUCCACUGAUGGAAAUGAUGGCUCCGCAGUUGUAA